CGAAAAUAGUCAGAACGACAAGCAAAAGACCGGAGGCGAAGAUGACAGGUCAAGUCUUUCGACAUUUCUAGAUCAGCCAGAAGAAAAACAAAGUCCAAACAACUCAAGAAAAAAGAAGAAAAAGAAGAAAUGCAAAGAAAAGAAAGGAUUUUUGGUAUCUCAUGUCUUAUCAGAACCUCAAGAUGAUCCAGACAAAGACGAAGACCUCGAAGAGAAUCAGGAUGGCGAAGACUCAAAAGGAAGUCCGAACGAAGAGGAAGCUGCUGAAGAUCAGCCAGAAGAAAAACCACCAAGUCCAAACAGCUCAAGAAAGAAAAAGAAAAAGAAAAAAUCAAAAGAAAAGAAAGGAUUUCUGGUAUCUCAUGUCUUAUCAGAACCUCAAGAUGACUCAGACAAAGACAAAGACCUCGAAGAGAAUGAUGGCGAAGACUCAAAAGGAAGUCCGAGCGAAGAGGAAGCUGCUGAAGAGGAAAAAAUUAAAGCAAUCAUUCACGACAAAGAAAAGGAGCCAAAUGACCUUCAAAAGUUUACUAAAGAGGCUUUUCUACUUUCAAAUAUUGAAAAGGAAAGAAACAAUUUUUUUUCAAAUUGUGACUCUUAUUUAUGGUGUGGGCCUCCAAGCUCUUCGAAAGAUUUUCAUGGAUGUUCAUCCCACGUGGUCAAGCAAGCCUGCUGAUGCAAUAUCUCUUGUUAAGGGGUCCAUGGAACUUGAAGGGCAUGAAAUGGCUGCUUUCAAUAAAGGUAACAUCAACAAAUGGGAUGUUUCACUCAUCACAAAGGUACUCCUAUAUUCCAAGAAAUGCAAAGUUGAAAUCUCCAAAAGACGAGGGUUUGAAGCGGCUAUCCGUAGUAUUAAAGAUCGCAAAAAUCACUUGAUAAGCCAUGCUGCUUCAGGAAGAAUGUCAGAUGUAGACUUCCAAACCUAUUGGCCAGUAAUUUCCAACAACAUCGUCACUAUUGGAGGGAAGUCCGAAGAUAUUGAAGAAAUAACUGAAGGCGAUGUUUUGGAAACUGGCAAGUUUUAUCGUGAUCUAUUUCUAGAAGAGAUUAGUAGCCGAGAUGCUCUUUAUAGCAAGAUGUCAGUCAUGGACAAAAAACUGGACAACCUGCUUGCAGACAAAUACCUCGGUUCAUCCAAGGCUGACUCUUCUCCGAGUCUUAAAGAUUUGAGUGGCCCUAAAUGGGAUGAAUGGCUCAGGUUUUGUGAUAGAGUGUCUAAUUUUGAUUACCAUCAAAACAAUUACAUUCUGAUCACUGAUGCCAUGUCUCGUGAAAACGUACAGCAUUUUUCUCCCCUUCGAAGUGUGCCAUGGAAAGUUGUCCUGGAUUUUGACCCAUGUUCCGAGGAAAAGGGCUUAUACCAUGAUUUUAUCAACAAAGAAGGAAAGAUCAGCCUUAUCAACAUGAUAACCCCUGAUGAAAUACGCCGCCAACAUACCACCAACCUUGCCAGACACCUGGACAGCCAUAAGACGCAAUGGGUGUUCGUAAAUGGUCGAGAGAAAGACAAAAUUGGAUGUCAACAGACGUUGGAGGAUUGGAAAACUUCGUCCGUUAAGCAAUUAACGAAGUUUUUUAUUUGUUACUCUGACCCUGAUAAAAGUGACAAGCACAAACCCAUUGUUUGCCUUGUUUUGCCAUUUCGAAAAGAAACUGUUCCGUACCUUACGAUUACCAUGGAGAGACUCACGGAAAAUUUUGACGAAUUCAACAUCAACUUCGUUGGCACUCAGCAAGACCAGUGUGACAUCCUCAGGAAGUUUAAUAUUCAAAUAACUAAACUUAAUCCAAGCCUUCUGAGCCUAGGAAUGUCAGAGUUAUUUCAUGAGUCUUCGGUCACAGGAUACCGUAUGCCAACCUGCCAAGCACAGAUGCCAGUGAGGUUAAAGCAACAGGAGUACCUUUAUUUAAAAGAAUACAUGACUGUAUUAUACGAUGGUUGUGAGGACCUUCCAAGCGUCAAGGGAGACAUCGAAGAAGAGAACAAAUUGGAGAAGAUGCUCAAUGAACAUAGAGAGUCUUUCAUGUCGGGUAACUAGAUUUCCUUAGUGAGCCUCUUUAGUAAUCACGACGCUAGAAGAGAAAUUGGCAGAGAAGUACAAAAUUACGUACAAAGGCUUCUAGACCAGGGACCUACACUCUCUAUGAUUGUUGAAAUUCGUCAUGCACCAGGAACAGGUGGGUCAACAAUAGCAAGACGCGUAAUGUGGGACCUCCACGAAUUCUAUCCGUGUGCUUUUGCAAGACUAGAAGACCAUAAUUACGAUCUUGAUGACGAAGUGCCAUUUAUAAAUGAGCUGGCAGAUCGAAUAAGUGCCUUACAAGACAUAUGCCAAACAACUGCGCUCGUAUUGCUGGAUGGAAACCAUACAAGAAUCGAGCCUUUGAGUAACAGGCUUGUACGGGCUUUGAACAUCAAAGGACAGAGAGCUGUGCUGCUGAGAUGCCAACAUGGGUCAAAAAGCAAAUGUGAAGCUAACCCAACUGAAGCCUCAGAAGUGUACAGAAGUUUCUUCGUGAAUGUAAAGCUAGAAGACUCAAGACAAGAUCUCAUGGAAUUCGAAGCGAAGUACAAGGACUAUAUUGACAAGUUCAGUUCUAGAAAGGGUGUAGAUCUCUGUCGAGUAUUUCAUUUUCCGCUUCUGGCAAUGCUGCAACACUUCAGACCAAAACUGAAGCAAAUAGUUUACGAAACCUUUGAUUCCAUGACUCCCUUAGAGCAAGAGAUUGCUGUCGUUGUUGCUUUUAUACAGAAGUACGGAGCACAAGCGACCCCAGCUCCUUUACUAUACCAAGCAUUCAAGAAGUAUGUUCGUCAAAGUAAUACCAGUAAAGGCAUAACCUACAAAGAUAUUAAUCAGCUAAUAACAGAACAACUGUUGAAUUUAAUGGUACUUACCAACCCUUCCAAGCGCCAACGUCAGGGGUGUCAGUCAAGAAUGGAUUACUUUCCCGAAAGCUAUACAUUUCAGCACCCACUUGUUGCAGAUUUAGUACUCGACAAGGUGAACUUCGACCAAAGACGUAACAUCUAUGCCGUUGCACGCCAGUUUCUUGAACUUCCAAUAUUCGACGACAAAUGCUUUUAUCCACUGAUGAAUGAUCUGUUCAUUCGAAAUAGAAGCUGGCAAGGCAAAUCAAGGUUUGCCAGACUGUUUGAAGAUCUUAUGGAAGAAAGUUCCGAUUUAGCAGGUGAAAUCUUUGCCGGAGCUGCAGAGAAAACCGGAGAUGCAAUAGUGUUUGCAAGUGCGGCAAGAUUCUUUGCGAAGAAAAGACCGCCAUCUUUUCAAAAGGCCAAAGACAUGAUCACUCGAGCUCUUGAUACCAGGAAUGCAAAAUCAAGAACCAGGAUAGUAUAUGAUGCAAAGGGAUUGGUCUUGCAACUAGAACUGCAACAUCUAAUCAAUUCGAAUAAGAUCAAAUCUUUGUCACACUUAGAAGAUUUAGCAAAUCAAGCUCUAGAUGCAUUCAAGAAGGCGAGAAACUUCCCACCAACUUUUCCAAACCCUCUCAUUGGUGAAGUCAGAGUUUGGCUGGCAUGCAUCGACUGGAUAGCAAAAUCCCAGUGCGAAGGUGAUUCUAAUAAGAGUUUGCAGUUCAUUACUACAAAGGCUCCUCCAUUCUUCCGUACAUGUAUAAGUGAUUCUUUUCAUCUUUUGGAUGUUGUUGAUAAGAUUGUACAGUCUGUGCCAACGCUCCUGGACCCGGAGAGAACGCAACGACAAGCGAACGAAGUCCGACUUUCGUUAAUGAAGACAUUCAACAAGGAAAAGAGGGUAUCGUUCACUCGAAAAGGCAAAGAAGAUGUCAUCCAGGCUUGCAAGGCUCUGUGCUCUACUGAAAAUUUCCCCAGAUCUUCCCAGAAUGAAUUGAAGCGUCUUCAAGCGCAGUAUAUUUUGAGCUGCGAAGAUCAACCACUUGAAAUGAUGAAGCCGGAUCUACUUGAGUACUUGGUCAAGCUGUUAGAGGAACUAGUACUGACUGAGAAGCAAAGCUCAAUGGCCUACCACUUGAUGAGGAUUUGUGUUCUGAUUACAGGACCCAAGCACUAUACCUUGGAAAAGGGAUUGAGUGUCACAGAGAAAUGGAUUAGCGAAUCCAAUCAAGACCCGCUACCCUAUUUUUACCAAAUGGCAAUAUGCUUCCUCAAGAUUCUGGAUGGAGAUGUCUUGGAAUAUGCGUCUAGAUACCAUAAAGCGCUUAAAAAGUGUCGCGAACUGUCCCAGAAUCAUUGUAGAAACACAAUGUCUACACACUUCUUGAGCAAGACGGGGGAAGGAAUGAGUCGUUUAAUGACAAAAGCUGCACUGUUUCGUGGAGAAACCGAGUAUCCCAAAAACCUUGAAAGCAUGAAAGAUUUUUGGACGAUUCGCAACCGCAAAAAGCUUUUGGAGUGUAAUGGACGAAUAAGGCUCAGUUCGCAAUCCGGCCGAAGAUCAAGAAAGAAGACAUACAUCGAACUCGUUCAAGGUAACAUUGAACUAUAUGUUGGCAAAAGUGCCGACAUUGGACAGGUUGAACGAGACUUCAAUCCUGGUAGCAUGGUUUAUUUUGUUGUUAGUUUCAACCUACAAGGUCCAGUAGCAAAUGGCAUAACUUUCAAACCAACUUCAUCUCAAGCUGUUUCACUAGUUCGUCAGAAGAGUGAUGUGAAGACGAUUUGAGAUCAUAAAAGCACAACUAGAAACUUUUAAGCACUGCAGUACAAUAGUAACAUCAGCUUUUUCUGUGGGUUGUGAUGCUUAUGAAAGAAGAAACAAAGAGAAUACAGAAUUACAGCUAUAGAACGCUGAGAACAUCAACUUUUUUAAGAGAAAAAAACCUGUACUGAAGGGAAAAAAACUUUACCUGUAGAAAAAACAAUAUCGAAAUCUAGAGGAAGGAGAACUAAACUGAAAACUUUCAUAUUUCUGGCUCCGAAACAAAAUCCUUAACUCAGUGACUAUAAGACUUGUGCAUUGUGAAUACUCAGAUAUUGUGAUGCUUAACAUGAACUUGCAGUACGUGUGUUCGCAGUUUACGUCAUGGGUAGGAAGUAUUGGUAGAUUUUUGAUCAGGCAUUAGUUUUGAAUUCAUGUUACAUAAAAACUUGCAGACAGAGGACGCCCUAAAUCUUUUGUGGUAAGCGAAUCAAUGUUAUAAACCAGCUUUAGCAAUGAAACAUACAACCACUCAUGUGGUAUGUAACUUUUUUCCCUUUUUUAUGGGAGUUUACUUAAUUUGAACUGCGUAAGUUUUUUUAAUACGAGCUUGUAAAUAGGAGUAUUCGUAACCAUAGUAAAUUUUGAUUGAAACGGCAUAGCAUUCCCGGUGCUGGGUUUCAUAUCGUGAAACCAAUGACGGUUAAGAACCCAUAAGUUAAUAUUAAAGUAGCCUUAUCAUAGGAUCAUUUCAUUUAUUAUUGUCGAACUACAUUCAGGAAGUGAUUGCUUAGUAUCCCAAGUCAUAUAUCAUAUAUAUCACUAUUGUGAUUUGUAGGAUAACGUAGAUAUUAUUAAAGUACGAUUUGUAGUAUACCUUGAGAAAUUCCCACGCGUCUAGAGUAUGUCUUGAAAUAUAAUUAUUAAAAACAAUGUAUAACAAGGUUCGGCGCAUGUGAGCUUCAACGUUUGACAUGAGCCUAAUACACAUUAGUAGACCCUAAUUCCGUUAUUUUCUUUUACGUCUAUUUGACUAUUACGCGUUGACUAGUAUUUUUUAUUUAUCGGGUAAAUGCCUUCACUCUAUCUUUGACCGACUAGUUGGAUUUGACUACAACAAUUAGUCCUCUCGCCCUCCUGCAUGGCCUAAGUCAAUAGCCCAUCAUUUGACCUUCGGCCUGCUAUUGACUCAAAGCCCAUUCGGGCUSGAGGCGCCUAGUUAGAGCUGAGACUGGUAAAAGGAUGCUAGCUGAUGCUGAAAGUUUUGUUACAAUGUUUUGUACUAAGCCCAAAAUGCAUUAUGGGCGAUGUUAGUGCGAUCAGCGAAAGGUCACAUCAAUAUGGAAUUUCCACAAACCUUUUCUGCACGUUUUUCAGGCUUAUUUUUUUGUUUUGACAUUAUUUACAUAUGAAUAUAAUGCAAAACGCAACAUACGACAAAACCUUCUCGUACCUUUUUUGAAACAGCUGUAACUAAAAAAUACAAUUUCACAAAUUAUCAUAUACAUGGCUAAUUGCUAAUUGGCUAAUAAAGGAGAGUUUUUUUUCGUAAUUAGGGGUCGACUAGUCAGCCUACAAAAUGAAACAUUGAAGUAUUAUUGUCCAAAGUUUGCAUGAUAGCAGAGAGCACAUGUACAAUGAAGAAACACGUUUAAACUCUGAAUAAAAUUCUCAUUUUGAACCAUA